AUGGAGUUUUCAGAGGAAGAAAUAACCAAACUAUACAGAGUUCACAGAACAAUUUUACAAAUGUUAAGAGACAGAAACUACCUUGUCCUAGACUCUGAGGUAGACAUGUCGAAGAAAGAGUUCAAAGAAAAGUUUGACAGUGACAAGAAGGAAAACGUCCCUACUUAUCUCAAAACUAGCAAAGACGAUCCGUCCGACCAAAUCCUUGUUUUCUUUGCCCGUGGUUCCAAAUUCGGUAUCAGAGUUAUUACAGAUAUUCGUGAAUGUAUGGAGAGAGAGAAAGUCGAGAGAUCCAUCCUUGUUUGUCAAAGUAAACCAUCUGGCCCUGCGCAAAUCUAUCUUAGGGACUUGACCUCUAAACACCGUAUUGAAGUCUUUCUGGAGGAUGAACUGCUGGUGAACAUAACAGAACAUGAGCUUGUGCCGGAACAUCAAGUGCUCACCAAGGCUGAGAAGGAAAACUUGCUCGAGACAUAUACUGUCAAAGAAACUCAGCUACCUAGAAUGCUUGUGACGGAUCCUGUUGCGAGAUAUUAUGGACUCAAGCGUGGACAAGUUGUCAGGAUAACCCGGCCAAGUGAGACUGCAGGCACAUAUAUUACAUACCGAAUCGUUGUAUAA